AUUGACAUCUCUACUUUUUUCGACAACAGUGAGGUUCAUUUUGUGAAUUAAAAAGGAAAAAAAAUUAUUGUAUAUCUACAAAAUUUGAUUACAGAAAUACAAGAAAAGAAGAAAUAAGAAAAGAGACAAUUGCCUAAUAUUAUUUACAAUAUUGUUUGCAAGCCUAAUUAGCGGAUAAUAUUUUUUACUACUAAAAACAAAAGUUGAAACCUAUUGUACAACCAAAUGGAGGACCAUAAUACUGGAAAUACUUCACCUGCUGCAUCAGUAGCAUCGGCUGAUAUUGCAGCUGAAUUUGCUGCAUUAACUGUUGAAGAACAGGAGAGGCAAAGAGCUGAAUGGAGCCAAGAACUUGCUCGUGUGGAAGAAGAAAUCAAUACAUUACGCACGGUAUUAGCAUCUAAAACACGUCAUGCUUCUGAUCUUAAACGUAAAUUGGGAAUUACAGUAUGGAAAGAAAUUACCGAUGACAUGAACCAGGGUCUUAAAAACGUCAAAGAAAGUACUGUUUUUCAAUCUGUUGAACAAAGUGUUGGUAAUUUUACAAAAGCUGUUCAUGACGCACCCAUUUUUCAACGUACUGAAUCGGUGUUGAAAACUACCGGCGAAAGGACAGCAUCUGUUUUUAGCAGCAUUACUGGUGGCAUUUCAUCGAAAUUUUCUCAAAUGAAAAAUUCUGAAUCAAUGAGAUCCAUAGAGGAAAAAGUUGGCUCGGCCUAUGAGAACGUCAAAGUAAGCUAUGAACACAACAAUUUUAUGUGCCAAUCUCAUGCGACAAAAGUGUCCACUUCACGCUCGGGCUCUGUUAGCAGUUUCCCAGAUGAACUUCGUGAAAAUAAUUCCUCUGCCUUAAACACACCUUAAAACAACACCACCACAUAAUACAUAUGAACAACAUGAGAAGUUUUGUAAAAACUAUAUAGGCUUAAUAAAUUUCAGAAAUUCUAUAACCUUUAACAAACAAAAUAAACUUUAUUAAUUUGUCAAAAACAACAACAAAAAGAAAAAUAAUAAUUUAACACGCACGCAGGCGCGCUAAGCAAACUAAAACAAAGAAAAGAGAGAAAGAAUUUGCUGAUUAAACAAUAAUAUUAUUGAAACUUACUUUUAUUGCAAACAGUAACAAACAACUGCAUUAUUCAUACGCAAUUUAUCUACUAUACUAAAUAUUAAAGUAUCUCUUACUACAUUAUUAUUAUUAUUACAUUUAUAUAUUCAACGAGAAGAGUUUCUCAAAAACAUAAGCAACUAUUUGGCAUUAUAUGUAUUUAUUAUCAUUAUUAAAUUACUAUACUCACUUGUAUUUGUCGUUACUGGUUUUUCUUUAAUUUGUUUCUUCCCAAACCACUUAAACAUAAUGUUGUGUCAAAAGAAAACAACGAUUUAUUUAAUGUAAAUUUUCUAAAUAAUUAUUUUUUUCGAUAAUUUAGAUGUGUUUGGUUAUGGUCUAUUUUUUACUAUUCUUACCCUGUUUCAAUACAAAUAAAAAUUAAAAAUAAUACAGAACCUGUUUUGAAACCCGUAAAAAUAAUAUUAAAUAAAAAUUCAUUCCAUUCAUUUAUGUUUGUGAUAAAAAAUAUACUUAUAUUUUUUAAUUGUUAUAAAGUUUUGGAAAAUAAAUGUUUUUGAAUUAAACAUUUUGACGCGCCCCUUUUUUAAAAUUGCCUUUAAAAAUACACAGUAAAAUUAUUAAGCAUGCUAAUUUAUAUUAAUGAUGAUUUAUGUAUGUCUACUUCUAUUACCAACAAAAAUAAAAUCUAUUUAUAUGUAAAAAAAAUAAAAA